AUUUGACUCCGCCCCUGAAACGCCAUGUCUUUUUCCUAUUGGCUGAGCCUAAGGUCAGCUGCUACCCCAAGGUUGCACGUGCAUUUUGACGCUCGCUGAAAUCAAGAUGGCAACCUCCGUGUUUCGGGGUUACCGGCUGGUCGGUAAACAUCGCUUUGCCUUCUGCUCCCGUCUGCUGGGUUCCAUGAGUUGGAGAGAUUCUGACAGGUUACACAAGAGUCAAACAGCAACACUGCAGGUGCGACAUGCCUCGGGUCGCAAAGGUUUCCUGGGAGAAUUUAUAGAUAACCUUCAACAGGAGUUUGGGAAGAAUCAGGAGAUGAAGGAGAACAUUAAAAAGUUCAGAGAGGAGGCCAAGAGGCUUGAGGAGUCUGACGCCCUCCAACAGGCGAGAAGAAAAUAUAACUCGAUCGAGGCAGAGACGGUGAAGACAUAUGACAUAUUCAAAAAAACACUGGGCUCAUUAUCGGAAACAGUGAAGGACAGUCUUGAAAAGGAGGUGAGUCGCACAGACAUUGGGAAGAAAAUCAAGGAAGGUGUGGAGGAAGCCGCCCGCAGCGCCAUGCACUCUGCCGAGACCGUUUCCAAGGGAGGAGAACGAUUGGGCAAGACCAGCGCCUUCCAGGCCAUCUCACAGAGUGUCGAGUCCAUGAAGAAGGAAAUUGACGUUGGUGACGUUGGACCUUACAGAGCUCCCCCUCAGCUGAGGAAGAGGAGUGAUUUUUCUUCAAAGGGAGCUGAUAGUGACGCAAGAUUAUUUGAGGCCAAUGAGGAGGCUUUGGGAGUUGUUCUUCACAAGGACUCCAAAUGGUACCAGCAGUGGAAGGACUUCAAAGACAAUAACAUGGUUUUCAACAGAUUUUUUGAAAUGAAGAUGAAAUAUGACGAAAGUGAUAAUGUCCUUGUUCGAGCAUCCAGGGCUGUGACUGACCGAGUCACCACCGUCCUCGGUGGUCUUUUCUCCAAGACAGAGAUGUCUGAGGUGCUGACUGAGAUUGUGAAGGCAGACCCCAAAUUUGACAAAGACUCUUUUCUCAAACAGUGUGAAAAAGACAUCAUCCCAAACAUACUGGAGGCUAUGAUUCGUGGCGAGCUGGAUGUUUUGAAAGACUGGUGCUAUGAAGCGACAUACAGUCAGCUUGCCCAUCCCAUCCAACAAGCUCGAGCUUUGGGAUUGCUGUUCCAGUCUAAAAUCCUUGAUAUCGAUAAUAUUGAUUUGGCCAUGGGAAAGAUGAUGGACCAGGGCCCAGUGCUGAUCAUCACCUUCCAGGCCCAAGUUGUCAUGGUGCUAAGAAGCCCCAAAGGAGACAUCGUGGAGGGAGAUCCGGAGAAGGUAUUGAGGACAAUGUAUGUUUGGGCGCUGUGCCGCGACCAGGAGGAGCUGAACCCGAACGCAGCCUGGAGACUCCUCGAUAUCUCCGCCUCCAGCACUGAGCAGGUUCUCUAGGAGAAAAAGAAAGGGGGAAGGGUGAUAUCAGUGAAAAGACACAAACUGGAAGUAAGGGCAGAAGGAGUGACGUGAAGUCUGGAUUACCUGCAUGGACUCGGGCUUUCUUAAAGAGGGACAAAUCCAGGUGAAAUUUUGUGUAUCCUCUUUGCCAUCACAAUUAAGAAGCUUAAUGUGCAGGUUCAUGAAAAUAGACGCACAACUUAGAAGACAUGACUCUAUGGAAACUUAUUAAACAGCCUCUUAAACUACAGUUUAACAAAGGAUGGCAACAAUUUGCAUGGUCUCAUCUCAUGGCACAGUCCAUCUACACCACCCAGGUGGCCACAAAUAAGGUAUUUUUUUUAAUCCCACGAUCAAUGCCUGAGAGCUCAGGUAACAACCAAUCACGACUCGGCUGUUUUCUGGGUUUUGUCAUGUGACGUUGGCAAGCUGAGCCCUCAGGCACUGUGAUGCAGAGAUGGGGACUCGAGUCUGUGACUUGGACUCGAGUCGACUCGAGUCGCUGCUUUGAUGACUUGUGACUUGACAAAAAUAAAAAAACUUGACUCGACUUGGACUUGGAAGUUAAAGACUCGGGACUUGACUUGAGACACGAUGACUUGAAUGACUUCCGUGUUAUUUAGUUUAUGUUUUCAGUUUGAAUAUAAAAUUAAUAAUACAUUUAAAAAAAUUAUAUCGAUAACACGGUAGGAGCGCAGGCUGAGAAUGACGUUGUCAUGAUUGGAUCGCUACCCUGUCAAUCAAUCAGUCGUGCCCUCUCUACCUACCUAACGUGUUUAUUGGAGAAUCACGCCCCUUUAUAUCAGAGAUCCACAAACAUGUCAGCAGGAGCGGUACCUUCGGCUAUUACCUUUAUGAUGGCAAAAGACGGACAGCACAGUGCAAGAUAUGCAACAGAAACAUUUCAGACAGCCAGACGACUUUGUCCGUUUGAAGUUUAUAGAGCUCUGGUGUCUCCAGAUGAAACAUAAAAUGUUUCUAAUGCUCUUAAUGUGUUUCUUCUGUCAGAUUUUUUUCAAGAUUAUUUUUUCAUAUUUGCAACUCAAAUGUGUCAGACACUGUCGGCAGACGUUCAUUUGUUUAGAUUGAGCUGUCAAUCAUUGAGGUAAUUUCUUUUUUGUUUGAUUCCAUGGUGUAUUUUGCUGAAUAUCAGUAAUUACAGUGCAAAUCCAAAUUAUUGUCAUAUUUUCUAAACAGAUUAGACACGUUGGACAAUGAUGGUUACUUAAAGUUACUUAUAUCUUGUCUUUUCACGUUACUAAAAUCAGAUUCUGCGGGUAAAAUUGCAAUAAUAAGGUGACUUGACUUGGACUUGACUUGACCUAUUUAAGGACUUGACUUGGACUUGACCUAUUUAAAGACUUGACUUGACUUUCCCAAGAAAAAAAAGACUUGGGACUUACUUGAGACUCACUUGAAUUUUGCACGUGUGACUUGGUCCCAUCUCUGCUGUGAUGUCAUUUUCAGUUGCCAGCUACAAAGCAAAAACAUGAAUCAUCCGCAUUUUUUGUGUUCAGCUAUUCAUAUUUGUUUUGGCGGCACAAAAAAUGUGUCACUUUGGCAAAUCUAAUUUGCAAGGUGAGUUUUAAUUGUUUUUUUAUUUUUUUCCCAUCUCUGACCACAACUGACUUAACAGCUCAAUGCCAAGCAGCUACAUUCAACUGUGAUUUAUUUAUUGUGAUACUAUAGAAUGCAAUGCAACCACUUCUCAUCUCAGAAAAAAAUUCUCAUGAAUAUUAUCAUGUUCAAGUUAGUCAAACCAUGUUACAUAGCUUCUCUGUAUAAUACAGUGGCAACAAGUCACCAUAAAUUAAAAACAAAACAAUAAGGGUCUUAGAUUAUACCUUUAUGAAUCGGUAAGUAAGUUUAAAGUAUAUUGUAUGGUUUUAAUAGGAUGUGACAAAACAGCUUGCAAAGGAAACAAUUUGCAUGCUUGUGUAGCUCUCGUUCUACAUUACAUAAUAGUUUGAUGUAAAUAUGUGGGACCAUAUUCACAUAUGAUGAUGGCAUCGUCACUAACAAAGAAUUAUGUUGCACUUUCAUGAUUGGUGUUGAUGCCACAUGUUAGUUGAAUGACUGAGUUUACGAUUUGUUUUUAAUACUGUUUUUGUUAAUUCAGCACAUUUCACUGUGGACCAGAUUAUUUUUACCAUUGCUGUAUUUCUCUAUCUGAAGAUAAGACACAUUGGAUGAUCAAGUUCACAAUAACAAGAAUGCCAAAGUUGGCCCAAGUGAAGAAUUAUCUUUUAUGAUUGAUGUUGAUUUAAUCGCUUGCCAAGCAUCAGUGUUGAGUCACGAAAUUAUGAAAAUCAAUUGAGAUGCAAAGGACAAAUGUGAGGUUUUGUUCCGGCAUCUAGUGUCUUAUGUUUGUAAGCAGAUUUAAGAUGCUGAUGAAAGCACUGAAUGUUAAUGUAGCACUAUUUUGACUAUGUAUACCGUUUUAGUGUAGCCUAUCGUAAAUAUAUGAACCGGAUCAUCCAAAAAGCUUUUGAAUGUUGGCAGUCUAUAUGUGUUGUUUAUUUACUUACUUAUUUUUUGCAUUUAGCAGAGAACAUUAAACUGCACGUCAUGUGUA